CUUGAUCAAUAUACACGUCAAUCUAUGACACCCUCUAAGCCCACAGUGGAAAUUCCAGCAAACAAGGAGGCAGUUCGUUGGAGGCAUCCCUAAAACUUACUACAGUCCCAUCCAAGCAUGCAUCAGUCUCCUGCAGUGAAGCAACAAAAAGAACCCGGCUUCGCUGAGAAAGCAGCCAAGCUCGAAGAGAAAAAACAAGCUCAACAGCAGGAAGUCAUUGAUGCACCUUCGGGGAGUGAUCCUAGCAAAUUAACGCCAACUGCAAAACCGAAACAGAAGAAAUCCAAGGGAGGAGCUGGAGGAAACAAGAAAAGUGGCGGCGCUGAACGGAGAGGAAAACUUGACAUCCUCAGCCCGAUCGCGAUGGAAAAUGCGUACUACACUUGCCACAACGUCCCGAUGCUUUUGCAGUCAAGAGAUUUCACUUGGUCAAUCGCCGCCAAGGGAAAGAAAGGAAAGAAGAAGCGAAAGCGAGGAUAA